AUGCACUCAAUCACUUUCCAUUUCAACUCGGUAAAUCUUAAUAGUAAACUCAACUCCAUAAAUUGUGUCGUUGUUCCAGAAACGAUUAAGAGGUCAAUGAUGAUGAUGAUUAGAUUUCACAACAAUCUUUCACACUCUCGUUUAAAAAUGUCACGGGCAACUGGUGUACAAUCAUCAUCAGAUUCGUCUUCAUCAUCAGCUUCAUCCUCCUCUUCAGCAGUAGCUGUUGGUGACAAACCACUUCAACGAAAUAAUCAAACUUUAUUCGAAUUUCUCAAAACACCUCAAGUUAAAGUAAUUUACAAUUUUGGUGUGAAGGGAAUUGGAAAAACACAUUUUUUCAGAGAAGGAGUUGAACUGUACAACAAAACACAAUCUCCAUGGGUUCCUGUUCGAUAUUUGCGAAUUGAACUUUCUGAUUAUGAAAAAAAUCUUAUUCCAAUCGAAAAUUCAAACAAACGAUUAUUUAUUGAAAGAAUUUUAAUUAGUAAGCUCUCUGAUGAUGCAAGAAACCUUCCUGAAAAUUAUGAUUCGUUAUCAGAUCAGCGCCGAGUAUACGCUCUCUUACAAUUAUUCGAUUCUUCAAGUAUCAUUCUUAUUCAUUUUGAUGAUGUCCAAGCGUUUUACAAGCAGGGAGGAAAUUCUCUAUUGCAGGAAUCUAUUGCAUUGUUAUUGACUCUUCCCAUUCAAAAAAUUAGAAUUGCACUUUCGUCCAGAGAUCAAACUAUUGUUGGUGAAUCCACUACUGAUGAAACUGAUAAGGUAGCCGUUAUUAUAAAAAAACAAAAGUUUAAUGCGAAACAAUCAAUAGCCACAUUAACAGAAGGUCAAACAGAAGAUGAUGUUGAUGGUGAUGAAGAUAAUGUUGAUGAGGAUGAAUAUGAUGUAUUGAUGAGAACAGAUGAAGGUCAACCAGAAGAAGUUGAUGUCAAGCAGACAAUAAUCAUUCACAAAUAUUGGAACACUACUGAUAUUAAGGAGUUUUUACAAAAAUUAUUGGGAUUUAAUAGUGACAAUACUUCAAGGGAAGACAAAUGUGUUUAUAGUGUAUUUUGGAUUGCUUUAAACUUAUUGAAAGGACAUCCUGGAUUGUGUUGGGAGUUUGUAAAGUGUUGGACAGAUGGAAAUCUAAACUCAAUUUCAUUCACUAAAAUUAUGGAAGAAUACAGAAAGGGACAAGUUGAUUCCUCAGAAAUUGAAGUAGAGAAAUUCAAGAAAUUUCUCAAAAGAAGGUGUUGGAUUUAUUUCCAUCAAAUUGCUGCUCGUUAUAGUUCUCCAAUUGUGGAAAAGUUUAGUUCAGGAAUGGAUGCGAUGAAAAAGUUCUUGUUGAUGAAUAUCCUGCAUGAUGCACUGUUUGCAAACGGUGAGAAAGAUAGCAAACAAUCCAAAGACUCCAAUCAAACUAGUUCUGACACAACAACAGAUGUCAAAAGAAAGUUGACUUCGAGUAAGGACGAAACAGCCACCCAAAAGAAAAAGAAAUAUGAUCCCAACAAGUCAAUUUAUGAAAAUUAUCGAACCAGUAAGAGAGCUAUUAAGAUGGGAAAGAAAGGACAAUUAUAUGAAAGUGGAGGAGUUGCAGUGUUGACAAUUAUUGAGCUCAUUAGUCUCUUUCCUUUUUUGCCUAUCGAUAUUGCAAUUCUGGCACCAGAAUACAGCCCAAAUGCAAAUGAAAUAACGGAUGUCAGUGUGAGAUUUUUGAAACAUUAUUGGCCACAUAUUCAAAAGGACGAAAAUGCAAAUACAAUCUCCUUAACGAUAGAUGGAAUUCGAAAUAGCAUUCCAACAAAUUUCUCAGUUAUGAACUCUCUAUCAAAACUUGAUGUUUAUGGAAUGUUGGUACAACCAGAUGAAUACAUGCUCUAUGUGAAUGCUGAAAAAGCAUCAGGAGCAGAUUCUUUUUGUAAAAUAGGAAACUCACUACAUUUGAUUCAAUCUAAAAGAUUCACAAGUGCUUCAAAUGCUGCUGUUAGCUUGGAAGAUGAGGUUUUCAAGACGUUAUUUGACUAUGUUUUUCAAGUAGUCUCAUUUAAAAACUUAAAGAAAAAGGAGGAAACACAAAAACAACAAGCUGUAGAUGAACUGUUUAUAGGAAGAAAAUCUAAAAGAUUGACAACAAACGCAAAGGAACCACCAAAACCUCUCUUGGAAAAAGUAAAGUUCACAACCAAGGGAAGUGAAAUUUACUCAGUUUUUCACACAAACACAAACAACUUUCAUAUAGUAAGACUGCAAGGUUCUUCCAGUGGAAGUAAGGGUGAAGAAAUUAAAGAAGGCAAAAAAAAUGGAGCUUAUGAAGAAAUAACACCACUCGAAGCUAACAUUUUAUUUGAAUUGAUUGGAGAUUUUGAUAAUGAUUUUACUGAAUCGAUUUUAAAAUUGAAGAAAAUCUUUCCAUCUAUCAAGAUUGAGGUUCAUGGAAAGACCAAAUCCAUCGCCAAUAAGAAACGUAUAUUUGUUUGUUGUGGUGUGAAGGGAAUUGGAAAGAGUCGUUUCUUUCAGGAAUAUCAUACAUCAAAUAGUGAUAAACUUUCCAUUGUUAACAUAUCAUUUGAUAGAGUUUCUUUGUUAGACUUGGCUUCUGUGAGAAAUGAAGAGGAAUUAGUAUUUAAAUUAUUGAAGAGUCAACCAUCGGUGAAUUUAGAUGAUAAAAAUCUCUUGACACUUUUGACAAAUUUAAAAGGAACAGCCAAUGAUCUACUCUUACAAUUUGAUGAUUUGGAUAGAAUUGUUGAACGUUUUGGACAAGAAACUAUCCGAAAGAUGCUCCAAUUCUUGUGUGAACAAACAUUUGUUCUGAUUGCAAUUACUAGUCAAUCAGCAGUUAUGUUUGAAUAUUUGAAUCCAGAUAUAACAGAAUGGAUCAGGCUUGCUUAUUGGAAUGAUGAUCAAAUUAAUAUCUUUUUACAAAACAUGGCCUUUCCAUCAAAUUCAAUACUGACCUACCUAUUCAAACUUUGUUUCAAUUUACUAAGAGGACAUCCUGGUUUGUGUACAGAGUUUGUUAAAAGCUGGAGUUGGGGGAAAUCCACUGGCAUUUCUGACACCAAAACAGUAUUCGAGCAUGUUGAAACAAUUUAUAAUGGUUGGACGUUACCAAAAAGAAUUUAUAGCAGGGCAUCAGACAGAGUUAAGAAAAUGACUGAGACUGAGGAUCGUUUUGAUUUUGCGAAAGGCAAAUGUUGGAAAUAUUUAUGUAAAAUUGCAGCAAAAUACGAAACUGGUUUCACAACAUUCUGUUUAAAUUGGAAAAAUUUGAACCCUGAAAAGCCUUUAUUUUUGAUGAAUCUGCUGUAUGAAGCAAUUUACAGUGACUAUCUAUCAAAUAAUUUGCGAAUUGAGUCCAUUGAUAAGGAGAGAAUGAAUAGAAAUGGUUGGAUUCAUUUAAAUGAAAAGGGAACACCUCUCAUUACUAUUACAGAGCUCAUUCGUUGUCUUCCAGUCCUACCAAUUGAUCUUGCAAUAUUAUCUCCAGAAUAUAGCCCAGACGCCAAUGAAAUAUGCGAUGUAGGUUUGAGAUUUUUGAAAGAGUAUUGGCCAUAUGUUACCAAACAUAUCAACAAUAGUUCUUUGAUAAUGAGGAAAGAUGGUGUUGACUAUUAUUGUCCAAAGAAUUUCAAAGUUCUUGAAGGAAAUGCUUUUGGUUCUGUUCAUGAUGUCAUUCAGAGCACUCCAAAAGAGUUUACAAUGAGAAAGAAUGCUCCUCAGACACCAAGUGCUGAUUCAUGCAUCAUAUUUGUGGGUAAUGACAAACAUUUAGUUCACUUUAUUCAAUCUAAAAGAGGAACAACUGACGAUUUACAUGUUAAUGAAAGCAACGAAGUAAUGAAGGUUCUAUUUGAUUACAAAUUCAAAAAACGUACAGACAAAGCUCAAAUAACAACAACUGGUGUCUUCUCAUAUCAGCCCACCAGUAACUCACCCAAUUUCACAGUGAAAUAUUCAACAGAAAAACAAGUUGAUUCAAUUUUGCGAGAUGAAAACACAUAUCAAGUGGUUCCCGCUCAGCAUGUCGUUAGGUUUGAUCUUAUUGGAGAUUUUGACACUCCCAAAAAUCAACUACCUAACGAUUUCAAAGACAAAUAUCUGAAAGAUGUUAGUGUGAACACUUAUGGUAGAGAGCGGCAGGAAGAGGUUUAUGGUAUGAUAUUGGGAAAGGUUAGAGAAUUGAGAAGUAAAUGGAAGCAAGUUGUUAGCACGAGCAAAGGUGAAGGAGAAGGAAAUGAUGAAUCUAUUGAUGAGCUUUAUGGAUUUUCUGAUGAUGAUUUAAUGAGAGAAUAUACCAAAGUACAAACUAAAACAAAGAGAAAUGAUUCCAAUGUAACACUGAUCGUGGGAUCACUCAUAGUUUUUGCACUUUGUUUCGUCCUAAUUGGAUGUACCUUCAUUCUAUUGUAA